AAACAGUAGAAGGGCUUCAUUGCUGCACUCAAACAAGUGGAUUACCACGAUUAAACGCGCGGUUUUGACGCAAGUAAUCACACUCGCCUGUCUCUGAUACCGACGGUUUAAUCUAGAAGCCUAGUUCUAUGUAUUUAACGUUACUAUUGCCAUACGGACGUCGUAAUCCCGCUGUACCAUAGGUGCACGCUUCUAGUAAGACAACGCUAUGACAUGGAUGGAUGACGUCACUGGAUAGAAGAGAUUCGCGCUAACCUUGACAUUAACACAUUUUAUGUUACCUAUUCCAUGGCGAGGUUCACAGACGAGUGGAAUGCGGAAUGAACGGAAGUCAAUUACCAUUUAAAACAAAAGUUUGAAUCAACGCAAUUUAGGAUGCCGAACCAUUCUUUGGACUGAUUGACCUGCCCUGUUGUUUAUCUACAUCAAAUAAAGGAGAGGAACAAAUAUUAUCCUGGAAAUCAAUGCACAUGUGAUACAAUUGUGUAGACGUUUUUGAUUUCUAAAUAUUGUUUUAAUUAUGCAUGGAUAUUUAUAAAGCAUUGAAACAACGGGAACUGAUACCGUCUGUUUUAUCUUACAGUUACCUAAGGAUUUUUAUGGUUAGUGUGAUAGACUUGUCUGUGUACGCUCGUUUUAAUUACAACGUCUGGGAAUAAAGGUAUAAUACAUUACUUCCGUCCCGCCUUUGAACAUGCGGAGAUUUCAUUGAUGAAAAAGUGGUGCGUUAACUUUAACGAAUGUAAACAUAUAUUUUCAAAACGGGAGAUAUUAACAUAAGCAAAGUGAGCGGGGAUUAAUACGAACAUCUUCCACGUAAUGCUAGUGCUUUAUUCGGUGUCAGAAAUUCUCUUUAAAACGUUCUCAUGUUGAUUUAGGUUUGGCUUUUAUUCAAUCGACUGGCAAAUGUCGGUUCGCAACUAAUCGUAGUCAAAACAAAGGGCGUUGUGCCCAUUGGAGGUUCAAUGAAACGCAUUUGCAGACCAAGAAACCUCGGAAGUCCUCGUCUAAUGCUCACCUCAAACAGGGUGGUUGUCAAAUGGGACUUAUUUGCAAAUGGGACGCUACAUCGGUGCAUUCAAUAUUGGUUAAGAUAAACCUUCAGGUAGAAAAGCUAUGAAUGACACGUGUUUCGACAGCAACUGGACGAUAACAUGUGCCGUCAGUAUCAAACAAACUGCUGUAGAAAGUUAUCGGAUUUGUGCGCAACGUAACUGUAUACGCUAAUAAUUUCAUAGCACGUGCUGGAUUUAAAAGAUACAAAAAUACCACCACCUCAAUAUUACCAUCGUUCAAGAUAAAUCGAUUAAACCGGAUUAAUAAUCUACGACGACGGAACAAAAAAUAACGUGCUUAACCAAUGGAAGAUGAAAAUUUUUAAUAAAAAACAUAACAAACACGUGUAAAACACGGACCAUUGUCAUAUCUAGUUUGUUCAUUUAGUAAGAGUAACUGUGCAUUUUCCUAUUGAUUCGACUUUGUCGGUUGUUGAUUAAAGUACAAAUUCAACGUGUAAAGUAUGAAUGCUGCGUGAUUCAACACGACGUCUUGUAUUGUGCAACGAAAGCCACCGGUUGACUCUCUGGUACUUUCAAGAUCAGUGCCUUCAAUAGUGAAGUCUACUUGACUCUGGAGAACAAAAAGGAGCAGGUAUUGCGAAAUUAUCGUCAUAGACGUCGCGGAUGAGAAAGGAUCACAUUUUCAUGGACUUAUGGUCACACAAAGAUGCUACCUACAGUGUGGUAGAAAAAUGCUGCAGUCACACCCGUCAACGUAUGGACUCCUUUACCACUCUUUAUCUCCUUUGGUGACGGUGUCACAAUGAAAAUACAAGGAUUUUAUGCAUUCCUGUACUUCUAUUUGAUGUUCCCAGCGAAUAUUAUUGGUCUGUGGUGGGCGGUUGGAAGCCCUCUAGUGAUGGAACCAAACAAGAUUUGUCGAAAGAACAGAAAACUCUCUGGCAAACAGCGGUAUAUUUGUCGAGAGGAGAAGGAUAUUGUGGAGGAGGUAGUCAACGGCGCCCGCCUCGCUAUCGCGGAGUGUCAAUACCAGUUCCAACAUCGGCGCUGGAACUGCACGACGGCGCGAAAGUCUUUCUCUCGGAUACUUAGUAUAGACACACGCGAAACCGCCUUCGUCUAUGCUGUAUCCGCAGCCGGCGUCGUGUACACUGUGACCAAGGCAUGUAGCAAAGGCUCGCUCCUUCAGUGCACAUGUGACAACAGCAUACGGGACAUCACAUCCGACGGCGCAUGGGAGUGGGGUGGUUGCCAUGACGACGUGGACUUCGGUUACAAGAAGUCCAAGGAUUUCAUGGACGAUCGGCGCAAAAAGAAACGAGGGGAUUUAACUACUAAAAUUCGUUUGCAUAACAACGAAGCAGGAAGACUGGCGAUAAAAGAGCACAUGACUAAAGACUGCAAAUGCCACGGUCUUUCCGGUACAUGCGCAUUGCGGACGUGUUGGCGACGCAUGCCCGUGUUCCGAGAGGUGGGUACAAGAUUGAAGGACAAAUUCGACGGGGCAUCAAAAGUGACGAUUUCAAAUGACGGCCAUAAACUGGUGACAGAGGACAACUCAAUAAAGCCGCCGUCGAGUGAGGACCUCCUAUAUGCCGAGGAGUCUCCGAACUUCUGUAAACCACGGAAGAAAUUCGGCUCGCUGGGAACGCAAGGUAGACUAUGCAAUCCGGACUCCCCUGGCAACGAUGGCUGCAGUUUAUUGUGCUGCAACAGGGGAUAUAAGCAGACCAAAGUUACAAUCCAGGAGAACUGCAAGUGUCAGUUUAUUUGGUGUUGUCAAGUGAUCUGUAAAACAUGCACUUCUAUACAGACAAUAUACAGAUGUUUGUGAGUGUGUGUUAACGUUGGUGCGUACUUCUUGCGGGAAGGUGAAAUGCGACUUCUGAACAUCGAUUUUAAAGUGUUACGGGGAAACAGUUUUUAACUUUUAAUUUAGAGAAGUUUGCAUCAAUAUGCGGUCAUUUGUCCGUAAUUUGUAUCAGUUCUACAAGAUUUGUUAAUGAAAAACACUUCUUAUUUCAUGUGUGUGAACCUUUUUAAGUUUCACUGUUGAAAUAUAAUUGUUGAACAUUUUAUUAGGAUGUAUAAUUGGGCUGAGCUCUGUGAUAAGGGAGUUUAAUGCAUGUGCGUUAAGUGUUGUCCUAUAAUAGCCUGUGCAGUCCGCACAGGCGAAUCAGGGACUACACUCUCCGCUUUUAUGAUAUUUUUCGUUGAAAAAGAUAGUAUCAGUUCAGCAAAAAAUCCAGUUUAGUGUCGUGCACAGGCUACUCUGGGACGACACUUUACGCACAUGCAUCAAACCCCCUUUUACAGAGAACGGAACAUAGUUAAUUAGUUGGAAGAAAAGAGACUUGUAAUUAUCGGAAGAUAAUAAACGCUAAGUUGUCGUCGCGAACGGCAAGGACAUAAAGUGUGGAGCAUAAUGCGCAAAGUUUCUCCAAAGUCUUCCAAAUAUGUGAUGUCCAUUAAGACUUUUACACACAUGGGUCAGUGCUGCUUCAGUGUUGGUGGAGUGUUGUUGCAUUGUAAGCUUGUUAGGCUUAAGAGCACAUGCUCAGACACAUGGAGCAACUGUGAACUUGUACAAACCUCACGGUUUCUGUCGCAAAAUUUGCAUUAUCGAUUGAAAAAAAACAACACACAGCAAUGCGUAGUAGUUGGUAUUCGAUUUCAAAACAUAGUUCAACUUACAUGGUUUUCCAUUUAAACAUUGGUAUUUGUUUCCGUUGUAGUGGGUCUGGCAAAAUUGCAAAAGAUACUUCCUAACAAUCCAUGCUUUUUUAAUUCAACUGACAAGUAUUUGUUCAUGUUGAUCACCACAGAACUGUGUAGAUCUUAACAUGUCGGGUGUGAUUUAUAUCAAUUUAGAAUGUCGACUUUAAGGAUAAUCUUCUGUACUGAUCUGUUUGAUCUUUUGCCUUAUUUAAGUAUUUUUUAGACUGAGUAUUUUAUUGAGUGUUCUUAUUAUAUCAAACACGUACGUGUACAAUAUCACCGAAAAAUUAGGCAAACUGCAAAGAUUGAUUUAAAUAAAGAUGCCAAGUAUUUCGGUAGUCUAACCUUUUGCAUAAUUUUCUAGUUAUUUUGAUUUGACGCUUUUCAUUAUUUAGUAUUCAAAUUGCAUCCAAGAAAUGACCAAAAUAUAGCAUGUAUUUGGCUUGUUAUUCGUCCUUGUUUGUAAAGGUUUACGAACAUAAUUCUACAUUUAUAAUCACCAAUAGUUUUCAGUAACAUUUAUGUAACAAUACAGCCAAGUUUCAAAUACGCAGGUUUUUAUAUGUAAAAGUAACGUGUUUCUUUAAAUUAACAAUAAUGUUCACACAAAUGUUAUAGUUUUAAUAACAUUUAAUGAAUCCGUGAAAGAUACAAUAUUGUUUAUUCUCCAAUUAAUUGUAUAUUUACCCUUUUUAUGCUACGUCCAUAAUUUUAAGUUAGGUGAAGUUUUCGUUGUGUGUUUGGGGAUGUACAUAUUACAUUUUGUACAUUUUUUGUUUCUAUUAUUAAAGGGAUCUUUUCACGGUUUGGUAAAUUUACAAAAUGGAAAAAAGUUGUUUCAGAUUCGCAAAUUUUCGGAUUAGUUAUGAUAUUUGUGAGGAAACAGUAUUACUGAACAUUUGCCAUGGUCUAAUAUAGCCAUUAUAUGCAUCUUUUGACGAUUUAAAAACCUAAAAAUCAUAAAGCGUUGCAACGCGAAACGAUUGAAUAAUUUGGAGAGUUCUGUUGUUGUCGUUUAAAUUUGUGAAACUACGAAGAUUGCUUAUAUAACGUAUAAAAUACGCAAUUUAUGUAUGCUUGGCAGGAGAGCUCAGUUGGCUAAUGCGUUUUUACUUCAGAGUUCCGGGGGUCACUGGUUCGAGUCCUGCUGCGGGCUCCUUUUUUUCCUUUUUUAAAUUUUAUUUUUGAUUUUUUACUGGAGCUUUUGAAAUUUAAUGUUAACAUUUAUUAAUAUAAAGCAUUUAAUGACAAAUUUCCAAACAUGCCAAAAUCUGUGAAAAGGCCCCUUUAAUACCAUACAUCUUCGGAGGCCCCUUUAAAGCACAUUUUGACACUUAUUAUCAUGUCAGUAAAUAACGUAUACUUUAAAUAAAAGAUGGCAUAACAAUCAUUAUAUCGUAAUUACGUCAGAGUUAGUUUCGAGCAACAACACGAGGAUUAUGUAAUUGUUAUUAAAAUGUCGUGCAACCCAAAUAAGUAUAAUUUUAUGAAUGGGUAUACUUUUGUACAUAAAAUGAAUUUAAGUGUUCAUUAUGUUUCAAACUUCUAAAAUAUAUUGCAAGUGUAUCAACGCAGUGACGGUUGUUAUAUAUCAUCAAGCUCACUAUCAUAUGAGAAGCGGUUAACUAAAAGUUGCUUAAUAGUUUGGCAUUUUUGCAUUGUUAAAAUUACGAGUGUCGCAAAAUAACAAUAUUUGCAUACAAUAAAAUCGAUAUGAUCGUUA